AUGCAAAGCCCAAACUUCAUCACGGUGCUUUCUGUCCUCUUCCUCGCUGAAGGAUCUGCCGACGAUAGCUUGGAGAAUCAAACUGCUGGUUCAGGAGAUGGAUCACCAAUAUUACCCACCACUACAGUAACACCUUCUCCUGCUCUGCCUGCCACGUAUUCUGCGGCUGUGGAUGACCAUGAACAUGUUGCUACAAGAGCUACUGAGAGCAGCUUUGAAACAGAAAGUCCUGAAUUGAAUACAAUGAGCAAUAAUGACAGCCCAGAAACAGCAGAACAGUCUAUGUUGAUAUAUGUUGUCCCCGCCGUGCUGCUGGUCUUGCUGAUUUUGCUGAUUACGUUUUUUGUAAUACAUCACAAAAGGAAAAAAUCUAAACAAGAUGAGCUGGGAAGCGAAAAUGUAAAAAGUCCUAUUUUUGAAGAAGACACACCCUCUGUUAUGGAGAUAGAAAUGGAAGAGCUUGAUAAAUGGAUGAACAGCAUGAACAAAAAUGCUGAAUGUGAAUGUCUGCCUACUGUAAGAGAAGAAGAAAAAGAAUCAAUUGCCAACCCAAGGACUUUGAUUUCAACUCAAACAAAUGAUUCCACGCUCUUUUAUUUUUACACCAGUCGCUGCCUGUAA